AGCAAAGGUAGAGAUUCAAGUCGACAUUGCGAUAAUGCCUGCGCCGACAUACAUUAUUUCUCGGGUCGCUGACCCUAUCUUUGCGGUCUUUAUUGGAUUGUCGGCAGCUGCGACGAGGAUAAACCGUGAGGAAAAGGCCAAGGGAAAGACGACGAAUGAGACAAUAGAAGCUGGACUACGACGCGUCGGGCUUUCUAAGAAAUAACUUUUGAUUUCUUGAGUCUCAAAGCCUUGAUCUGGGAACGCCACUAUCCUAUGCUCUUUAAAUACACCAACGCCAAAAUAUGGGUCACCACUGUCAUGCAAUGACUCUCAACUCAUAACUACUCGCCUUCUUCUGGAAUAUACAAAAAAAAAAAAAAAAAAAAAAAAAGGAAAAUCGCAUGUACCAGGCUCGUUAGGGGUUAUAAAAAAAAGAAAACAAAUUUACAUCUCAAAUGCAGAACCAUACUCCUUCUGCAUCGCUUCUCGAACUAUUUGCCCGCAGAGCUUGGCGGUUGGGUUGACACUGACGGCCAGAGCUUUUGCAAUCUGGUUUCCAUAUCUGCCACCGAGUGCUAAAUCUCUUGAGGCAGCUUCCUCAAAGUCCACGCGGGACCAGGAGGCUUCUGGGCGGCUGUCGUCGAUAUCCAGUUGGCGGUCUGAAAAGAGCUUGGCCGUUCUCAGGUAGAUGGCUGCUCGUUGCGUGUGUGCCAUGGACAACGUCCGGGCUGCCUGCGCAGACAUGGGGGUUGAUGGCAAUGGUGGCGUGAGCAGCCGGACUGCAGUAUCCAUAUCCUCCAAUGUUUCCAUGGCUGCCUUUUUCUUCUCAGCUUGUUCUGGCUGAGGAAUCAACGGCAUUGGCAUGGUCGAUGUAUAGUUCAGCAGCAUGGCGUCUCCAUACAGCCUACGCAUGAUUUGCGCGCGGUUGUUUCUUGCGCUAGCGUAUAGAGGAUAAUCUGAGAUGAGAUUGCCAAAAUCUGACACGCAGGUCUUGUAGCUCUCGAUGGUCUUGUCUGUGUCCUCUUCGCUCUGGAAGCUAAUGAGCUGCGUCUCGAUAGCUUGAAGAGUGCGGAUGAUGGUGCGUUCCCUCUCCAUCACUCUCUCAUAGACGCUGUGGUCGACGAUAUGGGGGUCGCGAGGCAGCGCAGAGUCGAUGACGACGCCCGCAGCCGGAUUGGACUCGGGGUCUUUGAUCUUCUCGAGCACGUUGAUGUCGUGGCGGCUUAAUGAUACUGUCGUCAUUUUGGCAGCGGUAUUCACGUCGACGCUUGGGGAUUCGAAGCAACGGAUAUCAGGAGGGUAUUUUGUGGGAUUACCCAGCUGAAUAAUUGAGAUGAUUUGGAAAAGAGUUGUUUUACAGAUGGAAAAAA